AUGAUUCAUGAGGAUGUUGGAGAUGAACGUUUUUGUAUUCUUGUGGAUGAAGCAAAAGAUGAAUCUAAUCGAGAGCAAUUAGCCAUUAUUUUGAGGUUUGUGAAUAGUUGUGGUAUUUUGACAGAACGUUUUUUUGCAAUCAAAAGCGUUAGUAACACCACGUCCUUAAACCUAAAAAAUGAGAUUUCUGAUAUUCUUGCUCGACACGACCUUCAACUUAGCAAAAUGAGAGGUCAAGGAUAUGAUGGUGCUAAUAAUAUGCGUGGUACUUGGAAUGGACUUCAAGCUUUAUUUCUUAGAGAUUAUCCAUAUGCAUAUUGUGUUCAUUGCUUUGCACACAGGUUACAACUGGCAUUGAUUUCUGCAGCUAAGGAUGUCAGUGUUAUUUGGGAAUUCUUUUCUCAUUUGGAUAAUGUUAUCAAUAUUAUUAAUUCUUCUUCUCAGCGCAUUAGUGAGUUGCAAAAUGCUCAAAGAAAAGAAGUUGAGCAUAUGUUGAGUAUUGGAGAGCGUGAGUCUGGAAGUGGAGCCAAUCAAAUAGGUAAUUUGCAACGUGCUGGAGCAACACAUUGGAGUUCCCAUUAUGAUUCUGUAAAAAACAUGAUAGGCAUGUAUUCUGCAACUUGCAAGGUGCUUGAAUAUCUUAAAGUUCAUUGUUCAAAAGCAAGUUCUCGAGCUGAAGUCCGUGGCGCUUAUAGACACUUUGCAUGUUUUGAAUUUGUGUUCAAUUUGCUUUUAAUGCACAAAAUUAUGAGAAUAACUGAUGUUCUUUGUCAAGCUCUUCAAAAAAAAUCACUAGACAUUUUGGCUGCUAUGAGAUUUGUUUCUACUGCGAAACUUAUCCUUCAAGAAUUGAGAGAAGAAGGUUGGGAAGUGUUUCUUCAAGAAGUAAAAGAUUUUUGUUCAAGACACAACAUUGACAUACCGGAUCUAAAUUCUUCAUAUAUGAUUGGUUGUUGUAGGGAUGAGACUACAGUUGAGCACCAUUAUCAUUUUGAUGUUUUCAAUGAAGCAAUUGAUUUUGUAUUGAUGGAGUUAAGUACACGCUUUAAUGAUAAAUCAGUAGAACUCCUUUCUCUCAGUGUGGCUUUGGAUCCCAGAAAUUCAUUUGAAUCAUUCAAUAGUGAUGAUAUUUGUACGCUUGCAAAGAAGUUCUAUCCUGAAGAUUUUAGCAGUCAAGAUAUUUGUGCUUUAGAAUAUGAGUUGAAGUAUUAUGUUCAUGAUGUGAUUGCUGACCAAAGGUUUCAAGUAUCUACACUUGUUGAAUUGUGCCAAGAGUUUACCAACAGUGGAAGGUCAGAUACAUACAUUAUGAUAACUAGAUUGAUUCGUCUUGUAUUGACAUUACCCGUUUCUACUGCAACUACUGAGCGAGCAUUUUCAGCAAUGAAACUUUUGAAGACAACACUUCGUAACAAAAUGGAGGACGAUUUCCUUGCUGAUUGUAUGACUCUCUACAUUGAAAGAGAACUUGCUCUUACAAUAGAUGUAGAUUCUGUUGUAGAUGAAUUUUUUGUUUCAAAACCUCGUCGAGCUCAAGUUUAA